AUGGCUCCCUCUGCCAACCAGAAGCUCGAGGGCGAGGAUCACGCUCGUGAUGCUGCCUUCAACAAGGCCAUGCACGGAAAGUCUGCCCAGGCUAAGGGUGGUAUCGCCGCCAUGUUCAGCAAGGGCGGUGAUGCCAAGCAGGCCGCCGUCGACGAGUACUUCAAACACUGGGACAACAAGCCCGCCGAAAACGAGACGGCCGAGGAGCGCGCUGUAAGUUUAUGCGAACAAUGUGACAAAGAGCAUCGUGCUAACGGAAUUGACACAGGCUCCUACUACAACCUCGCAACCGACCUGUACGAGUACGGCUGGGGCCAGUCUUUUCACUUCUGCCGCUUCUCUAUCGGCGAACCUUUCCACCAGGCUAUUGCCCGUCACGAGCACUACCUCGCCCACAGCAUUGGCAUUAAAGAGGGCAUGAAGGUGCUCGAUGUUGGCUGCGGUGUCGGCGGCCCUGCCCGCGAAAUUGCCAAGUUCACCGGCUGCCACGUCACCGGCCUGAACAACAACGACUACCAAAUCGAUCGCGCCACGCAUUAUGCUGCCAAGGAGGGCCUCUCUAAGCAGCUCGACUUUGUCAAGGGUGACUUUAUGCAGAUGUCUUUUCCCGACAACAGCUUCGAUGCUGUUUACGCCAUCGAAGCCACGGUCCACGCGCCUACGCUCAAGGGCAUUUACAGCGAAAUCUUCCGUGUGCUCAAGCCUGGUGGUGUGUUUGGUGUCUACGAGUGGCUCAUGACCGAUGAGUAUGAUAAUGAUAAUAUUCACCACCGUGAGAUCCGUCUCGGAAUCGAGCAGGGUGACGGCAUUUCCAACAUGUGCAAGGUCCAGGAGGCUCUGGACGCCAUCAAGGAUUCUGGCUUUGAGAUGUUGCAACACGAGGAUCUGGCCGACCGCCCCGACCCUUCGCCGUGGUACUGGCCCCUCUCUGGCGAGAUGCGUUAUAUCCAGUCUGUUGGGGAUUUCUUCACCAUUGUUCGCAUGACCAAGUGGGGUCGCUUCAUCGCUCACAACCUCGCCGGUGCGCUUGAGACGAUCCGUGUGGCACCUGCGGGCACCAAGAAGACUGCCGACAGCUUGGCCCUGGCCGCCGACUGCUUGGUGGCCGGUGGCAAGGAGCACCUGUUUACCCCGAUGUACCUGAUGGUUGCCCGCAAGCCCGAGUAA